AUUAUACUUGAUAAUUCUAGUACAGUGUAAUUAAUAUUUAUAUUGAUAAAGCAGAAUUAAUUCAUCAUUUAAUGUUUUCGAACGCCUGAGUUGAGAGUCCUUGAUUUUUUAUUACUCAAUAAUAAGUAGAUCAAUGAAUGUAAUUGUGACGGUCAGCUGAGAUUUAAUUAGCAGUACGAAGGUCUUUACGUUUAUAAGUAUUUGAAAUCGCACACUACGGGUCGAGAGAACGAACUGCAUUCUGUCUAGUAUUACUGUACCUUUAGUUGCAGUAAGACAGAAAACGGGAAUAGCACAACGUUCCUCGUUCGCCACGGUUUUACACAAAGCGGUGGUGGUUUGAUCUUUUUUAACAAUGGACAAAGUGUACUUUUGUAUUCUGUUGCUAUCGUGCGUAUUAGUCGCGUGUGAAAGAACGAACUCGGUCUACCCGCUAGACACGCCAGCUCUUUUGCAGAUGUAUCGUCUAUCGCGCGCUUGGUUUUUCCAAACCUACGGCCGAAAUGAACAACGAAGUUAUUCAGGAAAAACGGGGAGAGUUCAAGAAGAGAUUCCGUCGAACGUACCUUUUCCUUGUAACGUGACAGGUGGUAGAUCAGCGAAAGUGCCUGACUCGGUAAAUCGACUGAGGCCAGGCGACAUAGACGUUAUCGCCGGGAUGGGCGACUCUUUGACUGCCGGACAUGGACUAUUCGCAAGAGAUUUGCUAGAAUCCCGUAUUGAAAAUAGAGGCGCGUCAGGAGCCAUUGGUGGUGAACGAACUUGGCGAACGUACCUGACGCUCCCUAAUAUUCUCAAAGAAUUUAAUCCAAAUCUAAUAGGCUACGCGUUAGGAGAUUCUCAAACCAUCGAACCUAAGUCACAAUUAAAUGUCGCUGAGAUCGGAGCAAUAUCCAAAGAUAUGCCUUUCAUGUCUAAACAUCUGGUGGACAAAAUGAAAAACGAUUCGAGAAUAGAUAUUAACAGGCAUUGGAAGAUGAUAUCAUUGCUCUUUGGUUCAAACGACUUUUGUACUAAUAUAUGUACAGAUCCGCCUUUGUCCAGCGUAGAAAGACACAGAACCGAUCUGGUUGAAGCGCUUAGGAUAUUAAGGGACAAUUUACCGCGAACUUUCGUUACUGUCAACGUGUCUCCUCACUUAAAGAUACUGGUCGAUGCGAAUAAAGAAAGAUUUUCAUUGAAAUGCUACUUAUUGUCAAACCUUCAAUGUCCGUGUUUAUUCGGCACGCAAUACAAAAAUCGAAGAGAGGAGUAUUACGAUCUAAUAAGUAGAUGGCAAGAAGUAGAGGAAGAAGUAGUUGCCUAUCCAGAGUUUCACAAAAAUGAUUUCACGGUAGUAGCCUUGCCCACUCUUAAACGUAUACAACUGCCGCUUGCUGAAGAUGGAUUAGCUGAUCCGUCAUAUUUAUCCUCUGACUGUUUUCACGUGAGCCAAAAAACUAACGCGUUGUAUGCCAAUGGUCUGUGGAACAAUUUACUGGAACCAGUGGGCAACAAAACCAAUCAUACGUACCCAAUAUAUGAAAGAUUCUUGUGUCCUACCGAAGACAGACCGUUUUUUAUGACACGAGAAAAUUCCCCUAACAAUAAUGAAUUUAGAACAUCACAGAAAAAGAACAAUUAGUAACAAAAAAAUGUAUUAUAAUAAAAUUGUAUAUUUCUCCUUGCA